AUGAGGAGGAAUUGGUCGGUGGGGAUCUCCUUCAUGGUUCUCACAUUGAUCUUCGUCAUCCGUUAUGAUCAUAAACUUGCAACGAAUCACACUGUGAUUGAUUCCAGUAUACAACAAGGAGAGAGCGUUCAUGAAUCAGCAAAGAAACGACAUUUUGUGAAUUUGGAAGAUCUUGAUUACCUCUUUUCAAACAAGAGCAUUCCAGGAGAAGGAGGAGAUUCGAGCGGAUUGCUUGUAUGGUCUCUUAUGCGACCAUUCUUAGAAAGGCCAGAUGCUUUGCCAGAAACCGCUCAAGGGGUUGAGGAAGCUACAUUGGCGAUGAAAGGUUUAGUCUUUAUGACCAGUAAAGAGAAAGGAGCUUCUUUUUCUGCUAAGGCCUCUACGGAAACUAGAAGAAACUGUCCAGAUUUCGUCUCUGCAUUUGAUGGGGAUUUGCUUGACCUUCCAUGUGGUUUGAUUAAAGACUCUUCAAUAACUUUGGUUGGUGUUCCUGAAGAACAUUCUAGAAGCUUCCAGAUUCAGCUCGUUGGCUCGGGACUAUCAGGAGAAACCCGUCGUCCAAUCAUCUUGCGUUAUGAUGUGAAUUUCUCUGAGCCAUCCAUAGUGCAAAACACAUGGACACAACAGCUCGGGUGGGGAAACGAAAUGCGAUGCCCGUCUCAUGGAUCGUUUGAGAAUCAAAGAGUUGAUGAGCUUCCUCUCUGCAACCAACAUACCGGUAGAAUUGCUUUGGAGGAGAGUCCCAACGAUGAUGCAACGAUGGAGUCUUCUCUUGGAAAUAUUAAUUUUCCAUUUGUCAAAGGGAAUCCUUUCACUGCCACGUUGUGGUUUGGCUUACAAGGUUUUCAUAUGACGGUGAAUGGGCGGCAUGAGACUUCAUUUGCUUACAGGGAGAAGCUCAAGCCGUGGUUAGUCAGUGCUGUCAAAGUCUCAGGUGGCCUGAAACUGUUAUCUGCCUUAGCCACAAGACUGCCCGUUCCGGAUGACCAUCCUUCGUUAGCCAUAGAAGAGAAGCUUAAAGCUCCAUCUCUCUCCGGAGCAAGAAUAUCAUUGUUGGUGGGUGUUUUCUCCACUGGGAAUAACUUUAAGCGGCGUAUGGCAUUGAGAAGAUCUUGGAUGCAAUAUGAGGCAGUAAGAUCUGGCAAAGUAGCUGUCCGGUUUCUCAUUGGCCUUCACAUCAAUGGGAAAGUCAAUUUAGAGAUGUGGAGAGAAGCUAAAGCAUAUGGAGACAUUCAGUUUAUGCCAUUCGUCGACUACUACGGUUUACUUAGCUUGAAAACGGUUGCGCUUUGCGUUCUCGGGACCAAAGUCAUCCCAGCAAAAUUCAUAAUGAAGACGGAUGAUGAUGCGUUUGUCCGGAUCGAUGAACUGCUAUCGAGUCUAGAAAAAAAACCGUCUAGUGCCCUUUUGUACGGUUUGAUAUCAUUCGGUUCAUCACCAGACCGUGAACAAGGCAGCAAAUGGUACAUCCGUAAAGAGCUAUGGCGUUUAGAUUCAUACCCUCCAUGGGCACAUGGCCCUGGCUACAUCAUCUCUCAGGAUAUCGCGAAAUUUGUGGUGAAGGGUCACCGUCAAAGAGAUCUAAGUCUUUUCAAGCUGGAAGAUGUGGCGAUGGGGAUAUGGAUUGAGCAAUACAACCAGAGUGUAAAAAGAGUCAAGUAUAUCAAUGACAAGAGAUUCCAUAAUAAUGGCUGUAAAUCAAAUUACAUCCUUGUUCAUUACCAAACUCCUCGGCUUGUUUUGUGUCUGUGGGAGAAGUUGCAAAAGGAGAGCCAAUCUGUUUGCUGUGAAUAG